CCGAAAAUAUCCCAAGAUAUGGAAGGAGAGCUAGAAUGGAGCAUGGGGGAUCCUUUCGACCAGUUGGAGAAGCUCCACGGCCUUCCUGAUGAGGAGAAGGGCGAGAAGGCCCUGCUGCGUUCGCGCAUCAACGAACAGGCCCAGUUGAUCUGCAUCCUCAAGAAGAGAGCCGACGACCAACUCUUGCGCUGUAAGACGCUGGAACAGAUCAACGGCGAGCUGGAGGAGACGAGAAGGGGGGAUGCCUUGAGGUUGGAGAAUCAGACGCGACGCAUCCAGCACCUGGAGCAGCGCUUUAUGGACUUGGCUGCCAACCACGAAGAAAUGAUCCGCUUCAAAGACGAGCACAAACGGCAGAAUAAGCAGCUUCGAGAAGAAAAUGGCCGCCUGCGUCAGGAAAACGAAAGCCUUUUCAGCCAACCUUUGAAAGAUAAAGAAAAAGAUCUGGCCCAACUUUCUUCCGAGUUCAAGAAACUUUCCACGGAUAUGGAGGCCUUGAAGAAAACUUACCAGCAGCGCUGCCGCUCAGCCGAAGAACGGGAGAACGAACUUCUGGAAAGCCAGAGAGAACAAACCAGAGUCUACACCAAGGAGAUGGACUCCUUGAAAAGGCAACUGGACGUCUUAGAGAAAAAACAAAAACCGAUCCGCCACCAACUGGAGCAAACAGAGAGGCAGCUAAGAGAAACUGAGAGCAGCCUGCAAGCCAAACUAGACGUCCUUGCCAAGGAGAAGGAGGACCUGUUGAAGCUGGCGAUGGAGAGAGGGAAGAUGCUUCAGGAAAAACAACGAGAGAUCCUCCAGCUGGAGAAGAAAGCGGAAGAUAUGGAGAAGGCCAAGCAGGCAGCCGAACAACAGUUUGAGACAGAAGCCGCCAUGGUGGAUAGUAACCUCCGAGUUAGAGAUUUAAGGCGACGUCUUGAGGGGGCAGAACAAGCUAACUCCGAGCUCCGAAUGCAUUUCGAAGCUUACCGAAAGCACAGCACCGAACUGCUGAACAAAGAGAAAGAGUUAAAUAGCAAAUUACGCCACUUUAUGGCGUAACGGACACAUUUAAGUAUUCCUCUCCAUCGGAAGCCUUCCUUAAGACUCGCCUUUUAACACAUAUGGGUUGCUUUUCUCCCCCCCGUCGUAGUUGCUAAACACAACACCUUUUAUUUAGAGUUAGAUAGAUGGAUUAUUCCUAGGUGGCUGCGACUGCUUAUGUUGACCACGCAGCCCAGAGAGAAGUUCAAUAUUUAGAAUAACUGUC